AUGUCGUACCUCCUCAACUACCUCCCAUUUUCAGUCCCAAUCACCAUAUCCGCCAUCUCGCUCAGUAUCGUGCCCCUCCUGAUCCUUCAUUUCCGAUCCUACCUCUCUCCGUCACCACGCCCCUCCCCUAAUUCACUUCCCUCCUCUUUCUAUCCAGCAGUCACAUCACACGGUCGUCAUCUACCCCUCACCGCGAAAAAUGCAUUCUCCUAUGCAGUACUGUAUCUAGGCGUAGAUGUAGAUUCUAUGGAGAGUGGUCGUUUGAAUUUACCAUUUAGGAUAUUUAGAUAUGCUGGACAUCCCUUAACCAAGCUUAUCGGACUUAGAACGAAGGACUAUCUAUCUCAUGGAGAUGAAUCGUUCAGAGAGAAAUUGGAGAGGUUACUAUGUCAAGAUAAGUAUGGUAUAGAGAAAGAAGAUAUAGGUAAAAUAUGGCUCGUUACGCUUCCCAGUCUGGCAGGAUGGGAAGGGCCGAACCCUUUGACUACUUGGUAUAUCUACAAGAAGAGUAAGGAGGAAGGUAAAGUGGGGGAAAUGUUGUGUGUUAUUUUGGAAGUACAUAGUUCGUUUGCUGAAUCUCAUUGCUACGUCCUUAAGCCUGAUUCCGAAUAUCGUCAAGAACCUGCCAAAGGCUACGACCUAGCCUUCAAGUUCCCACGUCAAUUCCACGUAUCUCCCUUCAACUCGCGAGACGGCUUUUAUCGAGCGGACUUGACCAACCCGUUCCCUAACCCCGACUUAGCGUACUAUACAGACAAUCCACCAAGAUUCAAAAUAUUCUUGAAAGUUUUAUCCACGGACGAUCAAGUCAAAUUCAUUGCUACUCUCACCUCUGGUCCUACACCUCCUGUACGAUUGGAACCAUGGAACAUCCUAUCAAUAUUGAGCACAUUACUGAAAUGGCCAUUUACGUUGUUCUCUGUGACUGCUCGAACAUUCUAUCAAGCAUACAAAUUACAUUACAUCAAGAAACUCGCGUUAUUCCCUAGACCCGAACAUCACACGGAGGGUUCAGAGGGGUUGGUCAACCCCCCGGAAAAGGCUGUACCUGAUAUCGGACAAGGUAUGCAGAGACAGGCCAUUUCAUGGACUGAAAUUCAUGCUAGAAGAGUUGUGGAGAAUUGGGUCAAGCAAAGGGUCGAGUAUACCGGUAUUCAGAUGGAGAUUAGAAGGAAGAAUGGUAGAGAGGAUUUGAUAGUGGAUUGGAAGGAGAAGACGACGUCCAACGGAAAUGGGCAUGCUAAUGGUCAUUCGAAUGGUUACUCGAAUGGUCACUCACACAACAGGUUGAUCAUAACAACCUCGGAUCCACUGUUUUUCACCAACCUCCUCGUCUCACCUACACCUCAACACUCAUUAAUCAUGUUCCCCGAACAGCUCACAUCCGUAUCAUCACCUGAGAAAUUCGUGGAGUUCUUCUCUCCAUCUUCAGCAUCAACAGAAUCUCAUAUCGAUGGUGUGACAAGAUACACCCGAAAUAGACGAACAGAGUAUUUCUUAUACCUAUACUCCCACUCGAUCGUUCCGGCUCUACCAUCCAUCCCUCCAAUCACACCAUCACCAUCACACUUUAUCGAACAUGUAGAUUCUAGCUUAAGAGAUAGAUUGUUAGUUGCAAGGAUAGUAUUUUGGUUCACGUUUAACGAGUACUUCGAAUAUCGUUUGUUUGACUUGCUCAAUGCGAAAUUUGUAAGUGGUUCGGAACCUUGGAAAAUCUGGGAAAGAAGUUUGCAAAGUCAAUUUUGGGGGAUAAAGCCUCAACAGGGUAGGGAGGAAGAGAAGAAGUUGGGAACGUAUUUUAUCAGUUAA